CCUCAUUAUUAACUAUACUUUCACAGGUGAGAAGGGGAGAAGUUUGAACUGCAGAAUUGAAAAGAGAAGCACCUCCAGAGGAUCAAAAUCAGAGGCCUGAAGAUUUCUACAUUAGAGUUUGGACAUGUUGACAAAACUACUUGCUGCAAUAUUUCUUGCACUUCUGUAUUUCUCUGAAGGAGAUUGUGUGCUCAACAAUCACAAAAGCAGCCGUGAGCCAAAGGAAGGCGAUGUGAGGCUGUCUAACUCAAGCCUCCCCUCAGAGGGCCGUGUUGAGAUUUACCAUCAUAUGCAAUGGGGAUCAGUGUGUGACGACAAUUGGGACCUGUCUGACGCCCAGGUGGUCUGUCGUCAACUGAACUUCCAGGGGGCCAAAGCUGCAAUGACUUGGGGACACUUAGGACAAGCACAUGGACACAUUUGGCUUGAUGACGUCGAAUGUAGUGGCCAAGAGCAACAGCUUGUGUCUUGUAGAUCCAGUAACUGGGGAGUACAUAACUGCAAUCAUGAGGAGGAUGCUGGAGUUAUCUGUGACACACAAAAUUACGAUAGCACCCAGAGUGACUCUAUACACUCUCUGGAUCACAGCACCACCCUCUCAGAUGAUCUCGGAAAAAUCUUUGACAGUGGUACCGCUUGUGACUUCCUGAUCGCAUUCCAGACCUCAACUGGAGCCAAACAAGAAGACGGCGUCCCAGAAGAGACUAUGAUUACAAUCUGUGCACACAAAGCUAUCCUCAUGUUAUACCCUUACUUCAAUGCUUCAGUUGGUGAAAAUAACAUCACAGUGACUGUUAACACAACCUGCCAGUCAUACUCCACUCCCAUAAUAAGGUACCUUUAUACUCGUCAGAUCAAUGUGACCUAUUCCUCUGCAAUGUGCCUCCAUCAGCUUGCUUCAGAGUUUGGAUUAAGGAAACUGUUAGAGGAUGUAGGUCAGGUGAUCUCUAAAAGUCUCCCAGAUGAUGCUUCUUUUUACUCCCAAGUUUCACUUUACAAAUAUGCUGUGGAGUCAAAGGACUUGGUCCUCGAGGAAAACUGUGUCCAGUACAUGGCCUGGAAUUUCCAAAACCUGACCAGUUCUCCUGUUUGGCCUGACCUUCCUGUGGAGCUCCUUCGUAGCCUCCUCACUCGCUCAGAUUUGGUGGUUGCCGAUGAGUAUUUUUUACUUCAGACACUGGAAGACUGGAUCAACAACAAUGGCGGCUCCCUGAGUUCAGAAAAGCAGGCCAACUUGCUCCGUCUCGUUCGCUUCCCCAUGAUUCCUGCUGAGAAGCUGUAUGAGCUGGAGACCAAAUCUCUUCUCUUCAGUGCUCACAGGGAUCUAUAUCGUGACAGUGUCUUGAAAGCAUAUCAGUUCAAUGUUCUACUCUACAGUAAUCUGACCCAAUUAAAAUUAGUCAAAGAGAUUGAUGAUUAUAAGCCCAGAAUCUACACCGGUAACACCUGGAGUAUUGCUAUUGAUUCAUCAAAAUUGUCAUCAUCAGAUCAAGGGCUAAACCAGUACAACUAUCAUUAUUACUAUGGCCUAUACUCCAAUAGCAUUCCAUUAUCAUCAGAAAAAUUGCUUCAUACAUCUCUCCACAGUAUUGUUGUAUGUGAGGACAACAAGGUCACCUGGGCAGCAAAUAUCUUCAAAACCAGUAACGAGUGUUCAAGGGAAGGUGUUCAUUGCAAUUCACUUCCUGCAGCAAGGCUGACUCAGCGGAACAACACUUUGAGCCGCAACAUCAGCUUUGAUAACCGCAUCCUGCUGACAUGUCAGAAUAGGUACAUCUGUCAGAUUCAGGCCUUCCACAGUGACAUGGCUCACAUUGAUCAGGCUCUUGUCUAUCCCUGUCCUGACGACAAUUACAUUUACACAUUUGUGGUGAGACCAGAGUUUGUGUGAUCCAAUGACAGGAAAUUACAUAAAAUAAUGAUUUCGGGUUGCUGUGGUGGCACAGGGGUUUAGCACAACCCACAUAAGGAGGCCUUAGUCCUUGACGUGACCGUCACAGAUUCGGAUCCUGGCCUGGUGACCUUUGCCGCAUUGUCUUCCCUCUCUCUUAUUACCUACUUUCCUGUCUGGGC